GUCGGCUCGCUACGACGCGUGUUGCAAUGGUGACCGUAGGCACAGUCCAAGAAGAAUAUCUUGAGUUCUGAUCUGACGGUCGCUCAAAAGGGCGUGAGAUGGAGUUAUUGAGGGUCCAGUGUUUCAGAACUCAUUGGCUGUCAGAAUGUCUGGAGGUGGGGGAAUGCUGAGCAGAUGAGCGAAUCAGAGGCUGGAUAUGCUAGGUCUGUCAGUAGGUUGAGAGAGGGAGAGACGCCAUGACAAGGAAUGGGAAUCUGUUGGCCAUUGUGGUCCUGUCCCGGGGAAAGUGUGGGCUCGCAAAAGGUAUCACCCUCUACCUGGUGGCCAUGGCAGUGGCCGAUCUCCUUUUCGCCUUCAACGAUGUGGUUUUGAACGCAAUCCAUUCUCUUUAUUUCGAUUACACAUUUCUGGACAUCACUCCCGUGUGUUCACUCAGAUUGGUGCUGAAGUCGGCGGUGACAGACAUGUCAGUCUGGUUCACAGUGGCUUUCACCUUUGAUCGCCUGGUCGCCAUCUGUUGUGCGAAACUGCAAACAAGUUAUUGCAGCGAGAGAACAGCAGCCGUGGUUGUAGGAGUGAUAUCUUCUCUGAGCUGUUUCAUCAGCAUUCCCUGGUACUUUAUAUUUGAGCCCAGUGAGAUACUGAACAAUGUGCCUUGGUAUUGCCAGUACAAAGAGGCUUACUACACCUCUGCCACAUGGAUUGUAUAUCAUUGGUUUGACACAAUAAUAACCCCGUUUGUUCCAUUCUUUCUGAUUUUGCUGAUGAACGUGGUGAUAGUCAGACACAUUUUAGCCGCCAACAGAAUCCGCAGAAAUCUCCUGCACCAGAAAAGUAAUAGUGGCAACGAUGCAGAGAUGGAGAAUCGAAGAAAAUCCAUCAUCCUACUCUUCGCCAUAUCCGGCAGCUUCAUCGUGUUAUGGCUGAUGUAUGUUUUAGAUUUCAUAUUAUCACGAACGUUAGACAAAUAUUUCUACCAAAGUUACAGAGACCCAGUGUAUGUUGUCCAACAUGUGACAGACAUGCUUAAGGUUUUAAGUUGCUGCACAAACACCGUCAUUUACGCUUUAACACAAUCUAAGUUCAGAAAGGAUGUCAAAUAUCUCGUGAUCUAUCCGUUUAAACACAUAUUUAAACUAUUUAAGUAAAGGUAAAUGUGUGCCACUCGUUGUAAUAUUUGAAACGUUGACAACGAAUCAUAAUUUAAUGAGGCAACUGAUAGCCUGACUUUGAUUUCAAGUGGUGCGCUGCAAUAAAAUUAAUCCUUGUAAUCGAUGUAGAGCAUUACUACGCCAUCUGAAAGGGUUUCACGGAAUAUACUGUCAAUUAAGUUGCAGUUAACGGCUGAAUGGGGCUCCAUGAUUUUGGAGGUGUCCUUGUUGCUCUGUGAACGUUCCUCCAGAUACUUUGAUAUUUUCAUUAUUUUAUUCCAGAUUCCGUUGAAACUAAGCUCACCCAAAGUCAACAAGCAGCAAUUACGUGUUGCUGCUUAACUCGAAAAUUAUUUUAAACAUUGCCUAAAACUUGCCUAAUCAAAACCUAUUUGAAUAAUCUACUCAAUAAUUUUUUUAUUCAGGGUUUUGCCCGUGAAGAUUUUGAUUAGGCAAGUUGAACUAACGGCCAAAGUCAUAUAUUAAGAAGGUUGGAAAUGUAAAAGAGAGAGAGGGCAAGAGAUGUGGAUCAGUGGUGAAAGAGCCAUAGAUGUGUCGUUUAUGCAGGGUUAUUGGGUGAGGAGGUGAUCGAGGUGAGCUUCAGAAGCAUAAGAAUUCAAUCAUGUAUCGGUCUUUGGUUAAUUUUGAAGGGAAAAACGUCAAGUGUUCUCUUCAGGUUGGUAUUUUUUAGACAUUGUCAGAGUCUUCGAGAGUUGUAGCAAAUUAUGUGGCAAAUAAACAUUGGAAUUUUAUUCUGUAAAAUACUUGG